AUGAAAAGAGUACAAGUGGUGAGCAUGUUGAUUGCUGUCUUAAUAUGUACAAUAUUGGUAUUUGUUGAAGGUGCCGAUCCUGUCAAUUUGGUUUUUUCAAAGAAUCAACAAUUGCAAGUGGAGGAAUUGUUCAAAAAGAGGGAUUUAAUCUCAACCUAUUUGGACACUAUUAAUUCAGAUCUUGCAGAAGCUAUUACAUCGAGGGAUUUGGCCUCUCAACUCUCCUUUGCACAAGAUGCUGCUGGAAAGGACUUUAUCACAAAAAUUGAUGGAGUGACUGCUCAGGAUGUGGAUCAAUUUGCAUCAUCCUUCAGUCUUCAAUAUCAAGAAAUGGUAAAUUACACCAACACUUUACAAUUGAAAAAGAAGAUUAUUCUAGAAUCUAUCAAGGUACUUGAUACUCAAAUUAUUGCACAAUACAAUAAUGGAAUAAGAAUGAAUAGAUUUGCCUCCACUGAAAUGGGAACUGUUGCUUUAUUGGCCAACAAUACUUUAUUAUUUAUUGGAAAAUUUGAAACUACAUACAGAAAUGCUGGUUUUAAUUCUGCCGACUUGACUGCAAGAGUUAUUAAAACAGUGGGAUUUGUUGACAUGUCUCCAAUUGCUGGAAAGACAGUUGUGGAUGUACAAGCUGUGGCUACCUAUAACUUUGUAAUUUUAACUUCUGAUGGACAAGUUUGGGGCUGGGGAUAUAAUUACGAUAACACUCUUGGAGCAAAUGUGGCUGGUACAAUCAAUAUUAUGAAAAACCCAGAUUUUGGUGCUGUUAUUCCUUCUCCAGUUAUUAAGAAAAUUAAGUGUAAUGAUAAUUUCUAUGGAUGCUAUAUGAUUACAACUGAUGGUAGAUUAUUAUUUAUGGGAGCUUUUGAAUAUACUGCCAUAGUUGAGCAUUGGACUAGACCAAGAGUAUUGUCUACAAUUGUAGAUGGGUUGAACCAUGGUGUUGUGGAUGUAGCUAUUGCAACAUUGACCUCAGUUCCAAAAUCUAUUUGUUUCAUUUCUAAUAUUAAUAGCUUGAUUUACUGUACAGGUGAUAACUCUCUUGGUCAAUUAGGAGAUUUAACAACAACAUCAAGAAUCCCAGGUGCUUCAACAGGAACUGGAUCUCCAGUAUUCACUUGGAAACAAGUUUCAUCAGAUGUUAAAUUUGUUAAAAUUCUUGGAGGAUCUCAAUAUUUCAUGGCAUUGUCAACUGAAGGAAAACUCUACUCAUGGGGAACUGGUGAUUUUAGAUUGGGAAGAGAAUCUAAAAUAGUUCCUUACCAUAUGCCAGCAAAAGUUCCAACUCCAUUCAUGAUUAGAAAUGUUUGCCUCUCUCCAAGUAAAACCACAACCUAUGUCACUGACUUUAAGGAUAAUGUAUAUGUCAUUGGAUCCUACUAUGGUGAAGAUCUUACUCAAUUCUAUAAGGUUGCUGUAUUGGGAGAUCGAACUUUUCCAGAAAUUAUUUGUGGAGAUUCUGGAACUUUCCUCAUUCCAUCAUCAAGUACUUCCUCUAUUUGGGCUACAGGCAAAAACACCAAUUAUCAAUUGGGUGUUGAUGCAGCAAAUACAUACAAUUACUUUUUCGAAGCAUCAAAUGUUCCUAAACCCUAUAAUGUUUAA